AUGGCAACACAAAUUGUGUAUCUAGAUGACCCUAAAGCCGGGAGCGGUUGGAAAGUUGUUCAGAAGAUGGAUUAUAGGAACGUGUAUGCUAUACUAGAACUAGACCCAACUGACAAUGACGUUGACAAUGUGGCUGACCAACGUUUAGAAUCUUCAACGGAAAAUGAUGCGGAAACACUUCGAGAUACAAAUGUUAUACAAGAACCGUUUCAAAUACAACGAGUGUUUUCAAUCGAAAUACCGAUUCAGUCAAUUACAAUUGACCUCGGUGAUCUUCCACGAUACGAUGUUGCAAUGGGCCUGAGCAACGACGAUGAUGUAGUUAUAGAAGGGGAGGAGGAGGAUUGGGAGACCGAGAGUGAUGAUAGCGACGAUAACGAAAGUUAUUAUAGUUCAGAUGAUGAAUAA